CAGCAGAGGAAGGUCGCGGUGGUGCGAGGGGAAACUUCAUCCGCUGCUCUGACGGAAGGAGGUGGGCAGAGAAAGGCACAAUAUUUACACCGGGAGGGGACAGACCUGCCCCCGCCCGCCCUCCCCCGACACCCCCCGUCCGCGCCGAGCGGCCGCGCUGCCGGAGGCGGGGCGGGCGGGGCGCUGUCCCCGCGGCGGGUGCUGAAGGGGCGGUACCGCACCGGCACCUGCCGCCCGGCGCCCCCCGCUCGGCGCGGAGCUGCAGCCGCCAGCGGCCAUGGUCGCGCUCCUCUGCCUCGUGUUGUUCACGUACUUCACAAGUAUCUCUACUGCCCAGACUGACUGUCUGCACUUGAGGGAGCAAUGUGUAAAUGCUGCAAAUGGAUGUGAAAGUGUCUGGAAUAUUGUUGAAGAUGUCUGCAAUAUUUCAGUUCUAGGUAAUAGAUGCAAGGCAGAAGACGCUAUUGGAUGUAAUAGAAUCAUCCAGGUCCUGGCUGAUGAAUACCCAGAAUUUAAAAACUGUCUCUGCACUGCAGAUGAUUUCUGUAGCAUCACGACUUUGCUUGGUAAACAGUGCAGCAUUAAUAAAGAGUAUUUGGAAACUUCCUCAAGAUCAGAUACUGGACUGAGUUUUAGGAAACACAGAAACCCUGAAGACCAAAGACACCCAGAAGAAUUAGGAAAUGACUGCAGUAUUGCACAGCAACGCUGUCAGGAGGACCCUUACUGUUUUCUCAUGUAUAAGAGCUUCCAGCAAGCGUGCCAGGCUGACACUGCAAAAUGCAGGUUCCCGAUGGUCAACCAGGAGUGUUCAUCAGCGUGGAAAGAACUGAGGAAAACAGUGCUGGGAGAGUGCAAGUGCCCAGAGCCACUUCAAAUGAGAUGCAUUAAAAUAUGGAAGGGAAUAUUUAACAAUCCUUGUUUACAAUACUCUCAAGAGAAUGUAGCUUCAGCAGCUACUGAAAAUUAUGAUGAUGGUGACAAUGAUGACGAUGUUGAUGAUGAGACAAAUCAGGACACUGACACAGACAACAUUAGUAAGGAAGCAAGAUUACAAUGGCGUUUAUCUUCUCUGUCCAAACAAGCAUACACAGCAAACAGAACCUGUUUGGAUGUGAACAAGGAGUGUGUUGAAGAUGAAGUAUGUAACAAACAGUUGUCCCUGUACCUUAAGGUUUGCUCAGUAAAUAAGAAGUGCAACAUGGAAGAAUGUCAAGCAGCCAUAAGGUUCUUCUAUCAAAACAUGCCCUUUGAAGUUGCCCAAAUGAUGGCAUUUUGUGAUUGUAUCCAGCCUGAUGAAUCCUGCUACAGAGCCAAAGAACUUCUUCAUGGCAAGCCCUGUGCAGUUACUGCAGUUCCGCCCCCAUCAUGUCUGAAUGUAAUCCAUGUGUGUAAAGAGAAUGAAUUGUGCAGGAAAAAAUACACAGCUUUUCAGUCAAAGUGUUGGAGACAUGUGACAAAAAAAUGCUACGAUGAUGAAGCUUGUCUUGAAACUUUAAUCAAGGAUGACAUGCCAUGUUCUGCAAAUGCUGAUUGCAAAGCCGCCUUCAUUAGCAACUGGGGCACGAUGCUGCGUGUGGAGUGCACCUGCCAGAACUUACCUCACAUGGAGCAGGCUUUGUGCAAGCUCUUCCAUCACAUGCUUCACAGCAAAUCUUGCUUCAGUGAAUUACGUCAAAUUUCCAUUACGAAGAAAGAUUUUCAUUGGGUAAAUACAGAAGUACCAGAAGAAAAGCUUUCUAGAGCACAGCUCCAUUCUUCUUCAAUUAAUGGUGAAACAGUCUAUGUUAUUGCCUAUUCCUCCUGCAUAGUUCUCAUCCUAGGAAUAGUCCUGUUGACUCUCCUAAAGAUCAGAGCCUGCAGAGCAAAACAUGAGUCAAGAAGUCCCUCGCCAGACCAUUCUUCUGAAACAUUUAUGGUCCAUUAUAAAAGUAACAGAUGAACUAUGCUGUUGCUUAGGCCUUUUAAGGCUAGUCUUGAAAGCCAGUCUGUUGUACAUAUGCUAUAAUAAAAUAUAUAUUAGAAAACCUACUAUAAAUUAUGGAUUUUUGUAGCUGAGCAUACAAAAGAUUUUUAUAUUUAUUAAUGCAUAUUAAACCUUUCACAAGGUAAAAAUCAAUAGAACUGUACUCUCUUUCAUUUGCAUAGAUUCACAGUUCUAUCCUGAGCCGUAUGUUUCCUACAUUUUCAGAUGCACAGGACAAAAUGCUGUAUGAGCAUGAAUCUGCUCAGCAUUGGCAGUCUUUGCAACCCACUCUUCUGAUCUGAACUCUGCCAGAAAAGGAAAAAAAUCCACUCAGAAACAUUGUAGAGAGCUGUUAAAAAGUACAUAUGUGAUAGUUUUGUACACUAGGUUCCUAAGUACCUAAUGCCAUAUUUAUAAGGCCGCACUCACAAGGUAGGCUGUCCAUAGUUUGAUGGUGGAACACCUGGUGGGGUAUGAGGAGAUCAGGAUUACAAUCAUUUUCAAUAUGAAACGGAGGUAAACUCUGAAUGAGCUAAUGCUUUGACUCCAGUAUGCUGUUGCUGAAACUGGUUAUUCUUUCUUCUCCUUCAAGAAGAAAUAAGUGAGCCUUGCCAAAUAAAAUACAGUAAUUUUAGAAAGCAUUUUGUGGUCUGAAUGCCCGGUGGAGAAAGUUGCUUGGGGCUGAAGUGCCUACUUCUUGAGAGAGAAGUUACAACCCGUCUCAUCAUCCGUUUUUCCCAUUCAUUGUCUCUAGGCAAUAUCCAAAAUGCCUAAUUCUCCCCAUGCACUGUACUGGGAGUCAUGGUCCCUAACACACCACUCUGGAUUCCACUUUCUGGCCAUGAGUUCUGGAUUUCUCCCCAUAGCUGUGUUGUUUCACUAGAUUUAAGCUUCUAUUUACUAGCAAUUGUUUGUCUUUGUUAUGUCUUUGUAACGAUCUGGUUCUGGUCAGCACAAGACAACGGGCUGGCAUUUCUUAGACAAGUGUUACCAUAAGCAGCGAAUGUAUUGUCUCGUUGUGCUAGCAUCUGAUGUUUAAUUUGAAUCUUUUCUGAAUUCCCACUAAAUGUAAGUCACACAACAAAUGGUGUUAUCAGGAAUGAAAUACUGGUUCCACUGAAUUCAGCUCCAGUUUUGACCAUGACUGAUGUAGAUCUAGGGCUAGAAAUCUAUGAUGUGAUCAGAAGAGCAGGAAUCUCUAUUCUUCAAAGUGACUUUUGCUUCUGGCUUUGGUAGCUUGUGAAAUGAUUUAGGUGUGCAAUUCUAUUGAAGAGUUUUAGAAAUUUUUAACAAUUAUUACAACAUGCAUUCUUUUUCUUUAGGAUCUGCAUAAAACCAGAAACUCCUUGUUUCGCAGUCAAAUGCUAUCUCUUUACUAAAUCAGCCUAUGGACAAAAAUACAACAAAAAAUUGGAAAGCUGAUUAGUUUGUUAAUCAAAACAAUCUCUUUUAUCAGUCCAGCCAUUUGCAGUUUACCUCACACCAUGUAGGUUUUUUGAAAGUAAUAUAUUAGUAUUCUUCAUCUCAAAACUCUGAAGAGGAAAAAGUUCAAACUGAAAAUACUCUUGAGCUGUUCUCACCUGUGUUGAAUAAGAGCAUUCCUUUAUAUAGGAAAUAUACAUAUGAAGUGAAUGCCAUGUUGGUUUUCAGUCUGACUUUAAAAAACAAUGACGCAAUGCUGAACCCACUGUGUCAAAAAAUUUGAAGAGCUCCAUUUCUAUUCAGGUUAAACUAAACCUCAGUCAUAAAGGCAUCUCUUGUAACUUUCUGUCUUAUAAACUUUUUGUUUUCUUUUAAUCUUAUAUACAGUGGUUAGGAAUUCUCCUCGUAUAUGUGUCUAGACACAAACAUAUGCUCACACAUACACAAGUAUGUAAAAAGUAUUUGAACUGGAGGGUAAGUAAGACAACAAGAUAUUUAGUAGCUACUGUGUUGCUUCUGUAAUUUUACGGGCUCUCUUCACUAGGGCUGACUUUAAAGCUUAACAGAAAAAUACAUUUCCUCCAUUAUACAUGUAAAAUGUAUUCUUUUGAUUUCCUAGUGACACUGUAUUUUGUCAAUUGUAUCUAGGCAUUAAUUAUUAAAUAAAGGAAUUUCUGCUGGGUUGAUCUGUA